GCUCUUUGCCUUGGGCUCGCGCCUCUCCUCAGGAGAAAAAUAAAAAAAGGCGGUCGGCGUCGUUGUCAGCAGCUACUGCACAAACAAGGCGAACGCAGUCAAGCCAUGGCAGCUUCUUCGCCCGCUGCCCCUCAGCGGGCGCUCCCCGUCUCCCAGCAGCUCCGCGCCCUCUUCUACGCCCUCACGCCGAACGAGAGCUCCUUCCGCGCCGUCGAGGAGGUGCCCGAUUACGUGGACAAGGCAACUCCAUGGUUCAUUACCCUGAUUCUUCUAGAGUUUAUUGUUAAGUGGGCUCAGAAGGGAUCAUCAGCUCGGGUCAAUGACAGCAUAGCGUGUCUCUCUGCAGGGGUCCUGUCUCGACUUCCAGAAGCUUUGUCUAGAAGCUUUGAGCUGGCAAUAUACAUCUAUGUGUGGGACAACUAUAGACUUCUGGAACUGCCAUGGGACUCACCGUGGACGUGGUAUUUGACAUUCCUUGGAGUAGAUUUUGGUUACUACUGGUGCCACCGUAUGGCUCAUGAAAUUAAUUUAUUGUGGGCAGGACACCAAGCUCAUCACAGUUCUGAGGACUAUAAUUUAUUCACAGCAUUAAGGCAAUCCAUCCUGCAGAAGUAUGCAUCUUGGAUAUUCUACUUGCCCAUGGCUCUCUUUAUUCCUCCCUCAGUGUAUGCUGUUCAUAUGCAGUUUAAUCUCCUUUACCAAUUCUGGAUACAUACAGAGGUUAUUAAGAACCUUGGUCCUUUGGAGUUUCUUCUCAACACACCUAGUCAUCACAGAGUACAUCAUGGAAGAAAUCCAUACUGCAUUGAUAAGAACUAUGGUGGCACACUGAUUAUUUGGGACAGAAUUUUUGGGACAUUUGCUGCAGAAAAUGAUAAAGUUGUAUAUGGCCUAACACAUGCAAUAAACAGCUUCGAACCUUUCAAGAUUCAGUUCCAUCAUUAUAUUUAUAUAUGGAAAACAUUUUGGAAUACACCUGGAUUCUGCAAUAAACUUUCUGUCCUGUUCAAGGGCCCAGGAUGGGGGCCAGGCAAACCAAGACUUGGUCUUAUGGAGGACAUCCCAGAGAUUACUGGAAAGGAAGUUCCCUUCAGCCCCAUAUUACCAAGCUACCUGUGUUUCUAUGUAGUUACACAUUUCGUCUUAAUGCUGGGAUUUUAUAUUGAUUUGUUUGCUACAAAAUCUACGUUAUCACAGGUAACUAUUCUCAUGAGAGCUGGCUACAUUAUCCUGACACUAACCUCCAUUGGAUUCCUUAUAGAGCAAAGACCUGAAGCUCCUUUAUUGGAAUCUGUCCGCUGUUCCACUUUCCUUGCCCUGCACAAACUUGGUUACUUGAAAACUUACAUUGCGCUUCUGUCAGUGACAUAUGAGGUGUUGUUUUCACUCUGCGUUGCUUUUUGGGGAAUACAAAUGAUGAAGAAACUCACCUCAAGCACAGCAAAGCAGCACUGAAAAGAAAUAUAUCCAAAUCUCCACAUUAGGAAUGCAAGAGUCUUUCUAGAUCAGACCCAGAGGUCCGCCUAGUCUAACAUCCAUCUGUGGCCUACCAGAUGCCUAUGGGAACCCUUCAAGCAGGAUAUGAGCGCAGUAGUGUUCUCUCUGACUCAUUAUCCCCAGCAACAAGUAUUCAAAGACUGAUACUUGGGGUAGUGCGUGGCUAUCACGACUAGUAGUCAUUUAGAGCAUUUUCCUCCAUGAAUUUGUCUAUCUCCUUUUAAUGUGUCCACGUUGGUAGCCAUCAUUACAUCAUAUGGCUAUGUGAAGAAGUACACAAAAGUUUAUAUACCUCUACCAUGCCCGCCUUUUUCACCUUCCCCCCCCCC